AUGCCGCCCAAAGGCAGUGAGGGUCCUCAGCCGGAAAGCACCAGCUCCGCUGGUCCCAAUGCUGUACACGAUUUCUUUACAGUUCCAGCUCCCAUCAAACGUCUCUUUGACCGCUUUCCGUUGACCACGUAUCCCCCCAACGACCUCCCGCAGCGGUCUCCCUCCCGGCGACAAGACAACCAGUUAUAUGUCUUUAGUGACGCGAAGAGCGCGCGCCACGGCCGCCCUUCAUUCAACCCACAAUGUCUCAAGUGGCAGGCCUACCUGAAAUUCGUCGGAAUCGACUUUGAGGUUACCCCCUCCAACAACCAUGCAUCGCCCACCGGCGCCUUGCCUUUUCUCCUUCCCGCUCUCCCCGCAGGCGCACCCGGUCCCAUCCCCUCGCAUAAGCUCCAGAAGUGGGCCAUUGAACAAGUCCACUGCGAAGAGGAGCAACAAUUAAACCUCCGCUUCGAAGUCUACGCUUCGCUGCUGGAUCACCGGUUACGCAAUGCUUGGUUGUACAUGUUGUAUCUCGACAGCGAAAACUUUGAGGCCGUCGCACGCCGACUCUACGUGAUUCCAGCCACAACAAAUACUAUCGUUCGCUUAGCCCUGGGCAUCCAACUUCAACAAGCAGCUCGCGACGAGCUUCUUAAGACAUCAAAAUACAUCGAUGCCGCUGAUCUGGAAGGAGACGCGAAGAGCGCCUUCGAGGCUCUGUCCGCCUUGCUCGGAGAGGACGAGCACUUCUUCGGCAGAUCCAAGCCCGGUCUCUUCGACGCCAGCGUCUUCGCCUACACACAUCUUAUUUUGGACGAGAGCAUGGGGUGGAAGCAGAACAGACUGACACAACUACUCCGAGAAAACCCCAAUCUUGUACAACACCGGGACAGACUCCUGCAGUUUUUCUAA